AUGUUCAAAAACGAUUAUCAGGGUGGACCCACGGUGGAUAUCUUCAGUGCACAAGGCAAAGAUCCUGUGGCUAAAUGGAAACUAUAUGGCAAACCUUCAAUAACUAAAGUGUUCGAUAAAGAGGUGAAGGGUUUUGUAUACAGUCUUGAAGGGAGCAGUCAAACACACAAGAUGCAGUUACCAAAGGAUGGCAGAAUGGCUCUUGGUUUGAUUCAGAGGUUCCUCAUUCUACAGGUCAAUGUUCCUUUGGGAAAAGACUUCUCCACUGAGUUUCUAGUGACAGAUGAAGAACAUCUCAAGAGAAGACUGUACUUGUCUACUGUUCAUAAAGAGCUGUCGGCGACCCCUCUGCACGCGAGAAUUCCACUAACCUGCCUCAGACGCAAUACUUGGUGUAAUCUGUGCAUUGAUCUGGACUCGCUCACCGCUGAGAUAUUCAGAGGGCCGCGCUUCCUGUCUUUAGAUGGGAUCAUCGUCUCCGCCUGCUGUAAGCUUCGACGCAUCUUCACCAUGAAAAAUGAACCUGAUGACUGCAUGGAUAAAGGUUUAGACAUAAGAAAUGGUCCAAAAGAAGAGAUUCCCAGGAGUUGCCAGUUUUCCAGUGAAGUCCAGCACGUUUUCCAGCUGGUGAACAUGAAAACAUUGGGACAUGCUGAUCUGAAGGGUGGACCUGUAAACUUAGAUUCUGAAGAGACAGGUGCUGUUAAAGCAUCCAUUACAAAGGGUCCUAUACCCAGGGACUCCUCCCAUAUCGCAUUCGGGUCAAAGGUUGUUGGACCUCCACCGCUUACUGCAAGGAAGAGCAACACAUCUGCAAACAAGAAAGCAGGCAGAUCUAAAUCUGAACUGAGCAUCAACAUACCAUCAGGUAGAAAUGAAAAUGUCAAACCACGGCCGCCACUUGAAAAGCCGUCGUCAGAGAAAACAAACUCCAGAAGAGUACAGCGAAUCAACAAUGUAGAGAGACAAAAACCAAACACAGAUAAAGAAGAUGGCAAUAUUAGCUUAGACCAAGAGGGACUUGAGCUUCAAGGAAAUCGUUCAGUACCCUCACGUCAAACCCAGCACUCAGAUUUAACAGCGGAGGAUAAAUUAACUGAUCCAGUUCUCCAGCCUCCCCGUGCUUCUCCACCUCCUGCGUGUGUGAUGACUACAGAUGAUACUGACCUUAGUGACACAGAAACUGAGCUCUCUCUCUGCGAUGAAGAAUACGAAGUCUUCACUUUCUCCUCAUGCCCUCACUCAGCCAGGCGGAAUCAGGCCAGCAGCAACCCUGCUGAGGAUUUGACCUUCGGCCUUAAAGGUCACAAGCUGAUGUCAGAAGGGGAGCGCAAAGACGCCCGCCUAGAGGAUGAUUUUGUCGGAAGUGAGAGCGAAGAGGAUGAAAUGCACACAGAGUUCCUCUUGCAUAGACAUGCAGUCUAUUCUGUUACUGCUCCACCAUCAAUUUCUCUGCAAAAGUACACAUCGCCUCCCAAGUCCUCCUUUGAGCCAGUUAAGACCUCCACAGUCGGGAAAACCUCCACACAUCGAGUCUCUGAGGAACCAAGAUGGACCAAAACCGCACGCAUGGCGCCAACCCGCUGCCUCUCACCCAGCACCUCCAGAUUCCGACCGGAUAACUCCCGGGCCGGUAGAAUAUUGCCUGAUGGAGAUACCAGGAUAUCUAUAAACAGAGCAUCUGUUCGAGAGAUCUCUCUUGAGAACCCUAGGUAUGAAAUGGUGAGCAUCGAUGAGAGGUUGCAACCUUUGGGCUCCAGCACGUAUGAUCUUAGACGUAAAAAAGAGGACGAAGAAGAUGAGGAGCUGCGAAUUUUGGCCACUAUGAAGAGGGAGCAGGAGGAAGAGCAAGGCGGUCACAUGGGCGGUCCCAGCCUUACUGCAUCACAGGUUCACCACUGUAAUAUCAGUCUGAGUGCUAGCAGUGAUGACACCUCAACCUGGACUCAGUGUAUUCCUUUGCCAGUUGAACAGGGCCAACACUACCAGAAGGAAAUGACACCUCUUCUACACUCCAAUCCAAGAGAAUGGAUGGAUGUUCUUAGCCCUCCGAUUGUUCAUCCAAAUCAAAAGAUAAAAGACGAAAAAGAAAACCACAGCAAGGUGUCAGCCAGAGGGUCUAAGUUACACAACAACAAUGAAGAGGAGGAGUUUCUCAAUUUGAUGUAUGAUCCCUGCCUUAACUGUUAUUUUGAUCCACAGUCUGGGAAAUAUUAUGAGCUGAUUUAAAAUAAACCACAUCUGUACAUU